GGGUGCGCUAGGAAGCGGGGAUGAGUCUAGUGGGCGGUUUCCCCCACCACCCGGUGGUGCACCAUGAGGGCUACCCUUUCGCCGCCGCCGCUGCCGCCGCCGCCGCCGCCACCCGCUGCGGCCACGAGGAGAACCCCUACUUCCACGGCUGGCUCAUCAGCAGCCACCCGGAGAUGUCCCCCCCCGACUACAGCAUGGCUCUGUCCUACAGCCCCGAGUACGCCAACGGGGCGCCGGGCAUGGACCACUCCCAUUACGGAGGGGUGCCGCCCGGGAGCGGCCCGCCUGGGCUUGGGGGGCCCCGGCCGGUGAAGCGCAGGGGCACGGCGAAUCGCAAGGAACGGCGCAGGACUCAGAGCAUCAACAGCGCCUUCGCGGAGCUGAGGGAGUGCAUCCCCAACGUGCCCGCUGACACCAAGCUCUCCAAGAUCAAAACCCUCCGCCUGGCCACCAGCUACAUCGCCUACCUCAUGGACCUGCUGGCGAAGGACGACCAGAACGGGGAGGCGGAGGCCUUCAAGGCAGAGAUCAAGAAGACAGACGUGAAGGAGGAAAAGAGGAAGAAAGAGCUGAACGAAAUCUUGAAAAGCACAGUUAGCAGCAACGAUAAGAAAACCAAAGGGAGGACUGGCUGGCCGCAGCAUGUCUGGGCUUUGGAGCUCAAGCAGUGAGCACGGCAGGACUGGAGGAGCCGUCCUCUUAGUCUCGGUAGCGAGCUCUCCUCUGAGGACUCUUUGUAUUUGGAAUCGUCCAGUUUAUUUAUGUGCAAUUUCUCCCCCAACCCCCCAAAAUGUGGAUAUUGAAGGAGAGGGAAAAAGCAUUCCAUAUAUGAAGAGGAAACUCCAGCUUGGUAAGGGGUAAUGUCUCUAAUAGUUUCGUGAAUGUUAUUUGCUCUGUAUAAAACACACAGGGAAAACAGAAACAUAGAAAAGGAGAAAAAAAAAA